CACGAAAACUUGCGCUUUACUCUGACGAUAGUAAUACAAAUUGGACGUACUUCUAUUAUAGAGACGAAACAACAAGUUUAGUUGUUAAAUAGUUAUAGUGUUGGCCACGUUGUGUACUGCGCUUGACUUGAGUCGAGCUGAACAAAUAUCCAAAAUGUCGGAUGUAUUACGGUUACGGGAACUAACGUACAAGCUUGCCAGUGUUACAGCUGAGAGAGACGCCCUUCGGAAUCAACAGCCCAAGCUAGAUAAUAUAACUCGAAUUAUUGUUCAACUAAAGGGAGAUAUAACGCGGUAUCAAGAAACUCUGCGGAUGAAGGAAUUAAAACUGAUGCGAAUGGAAAGCAGAUUUAACAUGCUUUUGAAGGAACGUUCAACACAGAUCGACUUGAACAAUGAUGAAGACAGUAUUGACGCUGAAAAGGCCGCAUUAAAAUGUAGAAGUGAAACCCCAUUAUUCGCAAGGGGUCGGACAAUGACACCUGGGACCUCGCCUGUUGUGGAAAAUUUAGUCACUGAACUUAAUAAAACAAAAAAUGCGCUUGAAAAACAGUUGGAAGGAAAAGAUAUCGAUACAUUUAUUGAAUCAUCAGAAUAUGAACGUAUAAUUGAUGAAUUGAAACAGACAAUUGCUACCAAAACUAAAGAAAAUGAAGAAUUAAAGAAGACUCUUUUGACAGAUCAUAAUGAUAGAAGUAUUGUAAUUAAAUUACAAGAUUCACUUGAAAUGGUAAAAACAUUAGAAAGAGCGCUUUAUAUCAAGCACUCUCUUGUGCAAGCAAUGAGUGAACAUAUUGAGAAGAUAGAAAAAGAAUGUGAGAAAACAGAAGAAAAAUAUACAAGUCAAAUAAGAGCUUUGAAAGACGAAAAGAAGCAAGAAAAAGAAAAGGAGUCACAGCAACAAGGAAAUGUAAAUCGUCGGCUUCGUCAACAGAAUCAAGAAAUGGGGUCACAUCACAGGAUGAAUGCGUUUCAACCACAUCAUUUUGAAGAUACAACUACAGACAAUGUGCCUUAUUCGUCUUGUGCAUAUGGGCAAGCCCACCAUGGUUACAUGUCAAAUCCAUGGGGAGGCCAACAUUCAAUGCUUCCUAGUGAAGUAGUUGUGGAUGGUCCAGAUGAGAAAGUAGAAGCCUCUCUUGGUUCUCAUAUCGCUAGAGAAUGUCCUCGUUGUGAAAGAGAGUUUGCAGCCCAUCAAAGAGAGGACUUUGAGAAACAUGUUGAAAAAUGCUUGUUCACUAACUAA